CGUGUCCGCCCGUCUGUGUGUAGCGCCGAGCGAUCAGGAGGACGGGCUAACCAGGCCGACUGUCUGGCCCUUUAACAUCGCGUUGCGCCGACAGGCCGGCCGACGACGACGAACUUAGCCGGCACGGUUCCAGCGCGAUAUACUGCCGAGCCGCACAACGUUUGCUGAGGAUUCUGGACGCCGCUCUCUCUCUUUCUCUCUCUCUCUCUUUCUCUCGAAGACGUGAGACGCAGCCAAAGCGCGAGAAGCACUCGGACUCGGAGGUGAGCGGACUCUUCAGGAUCGUCGAUCCGCAGGACCGCGGACCCAUUGCGGAAGACAGAGAGGAGGCCAGGGCACGAUGCGGCCUAGGGCCGCGACGACGUCGACAACUACCGGCGACGCGAGUCGCGGCAUCUCGCGGCCGAUCUCGCUCGUCCUGCGAAUCACCUGCGUCCUUGCCCUACUGGUGCUCGCCACGUGGAUACCGGUCGUCGAGGCUGUGAUUUGCAGAGACUCGUACAAAUGCAAUUGUACCGGAGUGAAAGGGCAACAAGGAUUCCCUGGGAUACCAGGGCCUCAAGGAACAGAAGGACUUCCAGGUGAGAUUGGACCCGAUGGACCUCCCGGACCUAAAGGCGAAAAGGGAGCGGGAGGGGAAAUUGGAGGUACCGGAGAGAAGGGCUACCGAGGUGAAGAUGGUAUACGAGGAUUUGUGGGAGUCCCAGGACUUUCCGGUAAUCCGGGAAUACUCGGAGUGGUGGGUCCGGAUGGACUGGAUGGAUGCAACGGAACCGACGGUCGUGGCGGUGCACCGGGCAUGCCUGGAGUUUUCGGGCCACGUGGUUCACAAGGACCUACGGGAGAUUAUGGCCCCCCAGGAGAGCCUGGUGAUGGAGGCAUCAACUCGGUCGGCGCCAAAGGAAUUCGCGGAAAUCCUGGUAUCGACGGACAGGAGGGUUAUCGAGGACAGCAGGGGAUCACUGGUGAAACGGGUUAUCCAGGAGAGACAGGCGACUUUGGUUGGCCAGGUGCUCCUGGAUUGCCAGGCCUGCAAGGUGAUCGCGGUGACGCCGUGUAUGGUGUGAAGGGUCAACCUGGUGAGCAGGGAGACAGAGGAGAGCCUGGAUCGCCGGGUAAGGACGAAUAUAAAAAAAAUCCAAAGUCGACGCCUGUGAAAGGUCAGCCGGGGCCGAAAGGUGUAAGGGGCAAUUAUGGCAAUCGAGGUCGCAAAGGAGAGUUGGGCACCAAAGGACCACAGGGUCGACCGGGUUUCUUGGGUAUCAAAGGUGUGAAAGGUGAACAAGGUGACGAUGGACCAAGAGGUAAGCAAGGUGUCGAGGGCCCAGCAGGCCCGGCUGGUGAGAAGGGAGAGAAAGGAGCUCCAGGAUUCUCUGGGCUGCCCGGUGCGGAUGGUGUCGAUGGAGAACUAGGAGAGGAAGGAAAUCGCGGUCAGCCUGGUAGACAAGGUGCUGAGGGAGAACCUGGACGAUAUAUCCCAGAGCUUGAUGAGAUAAUCGCCGGAAACAUCGGAAUCCAAGGAGAUCUUGGUCCACCUGGUGAGGCUGGUGAAGCAGGAACACCUGGUCUGCCAGGAAAGGUCGGUUUUAUAGGACCGCCAGGGUCACCAGGACCUCCAGGUAUUUUUGGUUUGCCAGGAGCGAAAGGAUCAUCCAUAAAAGGAGAACAAGGAGAUGACGGCUUAUCGGGAUCCAUGGGACCUCAAGGACCUCCCGGACUAUCAGGUUUACCCGGAAUUAUAGGAGCCAAAGGGUUCCCAGGUGUGACGAUAAGUGGUCCGCCGGGAAUAGACGGCACUCCGGGUCGACCUGGAUUGAUAGGUCCACCGGGCGAUCGCGGUGAUCCUGGUCCUCCAGGAGAAAAAGGUUUCCCCGGCAAAGGUAUAAGAAUUCAGGGACCAGCGGGAGAGCGAGGUCUGCCUGGAACGCCGGGUAUUCCUGGUCUCGAUGGCUGGCCUGGUUUGUCCGGCAGCAAGGGUUUCAAAGGUUUUCGAGGAGACGAUUGCGGCGUGUGUGCACCAGGUUUACCUGGUGAGAAAGGAGAACGCGGUGAAUCUGGUUUGGACGGAUAUCCCGGAGCUUCAGGAUUCCCAGGAUUACCUGGUCCUCGAGGAUUGAAGGGAAUACAAGGAAAACGAGGUCUACAAGGACCGGCUGGACUUGAUGGCGACAGUGGGAGGUCUGGAAUUGCGGGAAUACAAGGACCGAAAGGUGAACCGGGAAGAAUAUUCUUUCCGCCGGGCGAAAAGUACAUAAGUCCGCCAGGCGACAUCGGUGAAAAAGGAUUACCGGGCAUUGAAGGACUUCGAGGUCCGCGAGGAAAGUCAGGUGCCAUCGGUGACACAGGUGUACCGGGGCCGAAAGGAGAAAAGGGUGAACACGGUGCUCCUGGAUUGUCAGGAAGGGAUGGUUCACCGGGAUGGGACGGUAUUCCUGGCGAAAAAGGCGAGGAUGCUUCGAUACCAAUCGAGUUCUUGCGUGGAGAUCCGGGAUAUCCGGGAAAUCCGGGAAUCAAAGGAAUACAAGGAGAUUUGGGUAACAAAGGAGAACCUGGGUUGUCUGCGGAAUUCACCGCAGAAAGUAGGGGUGACAAGGGUUACAAAGGUGUCAGAGGAGCUCCCGGUGAAUCUGGUUUCAAAGGCUUCCAAGGUCAUCCUGGCGACGAAGGUCUACCAGGAUUGCCUGGCGAAGCUGGCUCCCCGGGUAUUUCGCUUCAAGGUUCCGCAGGCCUAAAGGGAUACCCUGGAAUGCCAGGAGAUCAAGGACUUCGUGGCUCGCCAGGUUCACCUGGAUCGCAGGGGCCAGUAGGUUUCCCGGGUCGCGUCGGCAACAAAGGUGAACGAGGAGAUCCAGGCUCAAAUCUAACUUACGGCGAAAUUGGAGAGCGCGGAUGGCACGGACCGAAGGGUGACUUCGGUGACGCUGGUCCUCGAGGAAACCCUGGACGACCAGGAAUAGAUGGUCCGAAGGGUGUUAGAGGCGCUAAAGGAGCAUUUGGUUACGAGGGUUUGCCUGGACUUCAAGGAGCGAAAGGUCAACAUGGAGAUAGUAUACAAGGUGAUCGAGGUUUCCCAGGUAUACUCGGCCAACCUGGGAUGCCCGGAAGAAUUGGAGACGUUGGUGUGCGUGGUCCUGAUGGUCCUUCCGGCUUUGACGGAAUGAAGGGCUUGAAGGGCGAAAUCGGUUUCAUCGGACGGCGCGGCGACGAUGGCGACACAGGACUCCAGGGGUACCAGGGUAUGCAUGGUAUACAAGGUCUACCGGGUGCUCCGGGAGAAAAAGGAGGACUCGGCGAUAUCGGGGAGCCGGGACCAAUCGGCUGGCCCGGUGCUAACGGUAUAGAAGGAGCGCCUGGCCCUAAAGGAGAAUCGGGAGACGUCGGAAUCCCCGGGACACCGGGAGUAAGAGGACCACCCGGAUUCAAAGGUCGGCUCGGUGAUAUCGGUAUCGAAGGUUUUCCGGGAGCUCCUGGCGAGAACUCUUUCAGCGGUCCUCAGGGUGAGAUCGGAGAACCUGGUUUUAUGGGAGAGAUCGGACCGCCCGGUUUGACUGGAUUCGACGGACGGCCGGGAUUGCCGGGAGAGCCGGGAGUGGCCACUGAUGGUUUCAAUGGUUUGCAAGGACAGCCAGGUGACGCCGGAUUUGAUGGAUUCGAUGGUAUCGAUGGCUUGAAGGGAGAAAUCGGUGAUAUGGGUCCCGAUGGAUUUAAAGGCGAGCGAGGCAAUUCUGGUUUCCCGGGAAGGCCAGGCGCGCCUGGAAUAUCCGGAAGAUACGGUGCGAAAGGCGAAAGAGGUCCGAUUGGAGACACUGGAUUCGAGGGACUGAAAGGAAAACGCGGUCUCGAUGGCGAUCCGGGUAUCAUGGGCAGACCAGGAAUGCCGGGUGAGCCGGGUGUGAGAGGACCUCCGGGUAUCCUGGGUGCCCCCGGACCAAAGGGUCAAGUAGGCGAACCUGGUUUACCGUCUUACGCAUUCGCGGGGAAGGGUGAUAGCGGUAAUCGCGGUCAUGAUGGAUUCCCCGGUCCAAAAGGACAAUCGGGUGAACCAGGAUACAUCGGAUUACCCGGUCGUAAGGGUCAAAUUGGAGACAGAGGAUAUCCAGGUUCCGUCGGUUUCACAGGAUUACCCGGUUUCCCCGGUUUGCCAGGCGAUCAAGGACCUCGCGGAGCUCCAGGCUUGGCUGAUGAAUUUGCCGAACCAGGUGAACCCGGUCGCGUUGGUCUGGACGGUUUGCCUGGCCUUCCAGGACGUCCGGGACAGAAGGGAGCUCCUGGUGAAUAUGGUCUGAACGGACCUAAAGGAAUCUCUGGUGACAUAGGUCACAGCAUUCGCGGUCCUAAAGGAACCUUAGGAGACGCAGGUCCCAGAGGAUUCAUUGGCUUCCCGGGCGCACCAGGUAUGGAAGGAAUGCCAGGCUUCCCCGGAGCGCGAGGUUCAAAAGGUGAUCGUGGAGAACCAGGAGUAUCGGCGAUCAGCGCGAAAGGACAGCCUGGUGAACCCGGCUGGCAUGGACUGGAUGGCCGACCAGGUCUAAAGGGAAUAAAAGGUGAAUCUGGUUUACCCGGCAUCGACGGAUUGCCAGGAUCGAAAGGAGAAAGGGGAGAACCUGGCGAGUCUGGCCCGUCUGGCGUUCCUGGUCCUACAGGACCGCAGGGGCCGAAAGGAGAACCCGGUUUAAAUCCUUUCCCACCUUUCCCGAGACCAGGACAUCGCGGUGAUACGGGAGCUCUCGGAUUACCAGGUUUCCCUGGACUGCAGGGAAUGAUGGGUGAGCCUGGCAAGGAUGGUCUGCCUGGACGACAGGGUGAAAGAGGUAUACUCGGUAUCCCUGGACCGCAAGGACCGGACGGUAAAGACGGGCCUCCCGGAUAUCAAGGACCUUCCGGAACAACUGGACGCCAAGGACCACCAGGAUUCCCCGGCGCACCUGGUGCACCUGCGCCGAAUGGAAUCGGUCCGAGAAACCGAGGUUUUUACUUCGCUCGUCACUCGCAGUCCGAAAUGAUACCGCAGUGUCCGAGGAACACCGUAAAGAUUUGGGAAGGAUUCUCUCUGUUGCACACUAUGGGUAAUGGACGAGCCUACGCGCAGGAUCUCGGUGCUGCUGGCAGCUGCAUCAGGAAAUUCUCCGUUAUGCCCUUCCUAUUCUGUAACUUGAACAACGUGUGCGAUUAUGCCAAUCGUAACGACUAUAGCUAUUGGCUCAGCACGACCGAGCCUAUGCCGAUGAUGAUGACACCGAUACCGAGUCCGGAAGUUGGCAGAUAUAUAUCGAGAUGCUCCGUGUGCGAGGCGCCGACCAGAGUAAUAGCUGUCCACAGCCAAUCCAUGGCGAUACCUGAAUGUCCAGGUGGCUGGGAGGAAAUCUGGGUCGGAUAUAGUUUCCUCAUGCAUAGAGACGCAGGCGCUGACGGCGGCGGCCAGUCUCUAGUCUCGCCCGGGUCCUGCUUGGAGGAAUUCCGCAUUAGACCGUUUAUCGAGUGUCGCGGUCUCGGCACUUGCAAUUUCUUCUCCACGGCAACAUCGUACUGGUUGGCGACUAUCCGCGACGAGGAGAUGUUCCGCAAACCGCGGCAGCAGACGCUCAAAGCUGACCAUACGUCGCGGGUGAGUCGCUGCACCGUGUGCCUCCGCAGACGUGUCACCGACGAAUCCCACAGCAGAGGUGCGUUCAGGCAGUUAACCAACGAACAGACCCCGAACAACGUCUACUAUGCGCGGCCCCGCUUUCCGCCUAACUACCAACUCCUCAGAACGCCCAGUCGGGGAAGAUAUUCCAACUACAGAGGCGUAUCCCCUCAGCAUCGCAGAAGAAAUCGCCUGCGCGGUAGACCCGACGAACGACCGACAGAGUCGCCUAAUUUCAUCGAAUAGAAACAGCACAAAUUGCAAAUACAUUGAGAGAAGGCGACGCCAGUGACGUGCGAGAACAUAGCGACGAGUUUAUGUAUAUAAAGAAGCGAAAAACUUUUUUUUUUAUUAAUUAAGUUAUAUAUUGGUCGGGUGCUUUGGUGCACAGAUCUUUUACAUCAGGCGGAGACGAAUAACAAAGAUGAAUAUUUGGAAACGGCAGUAAAAAGCUUGAAAUAAUCCAGACAGCAUGUAAAUUUGGAAAACGCGCGAAGAAAUAUCUCUAAUUAUUAAUUCUUUUACUCUUUAAUUAUCUAUUAGUCUGUUAUGUCGCUUGGAAAGAAAAAAAUCUUUUCAAUAAAAAUUGUCUGUUUUUAAAUUAAAGACUCUAAAGUGUACAAAUUGAGUUGAGCACUUUUCCGUAUCUCUCAGUUUAUCGGAUGCGUUUUUUCCACGCGGAAACUAAAACAGAAAAAACGGGCUGAUCAAACAAGAUUGAGAAAGCUUGAGAAACUUGUUGUUCACUGUGACUGCUGUUGAACGAAGACCCGAGCUACUUAUCUCAAAAUCCUUAUCUUCGACGCUUUUAUCGUUUCUUAGAGUUUGUCAGUGUUAUUCGUUCCUAUCCUGUAUGUACGGAGUCUACACCCUGCUCCGACCACCCCGUCUCUUCCCGCGCGCGCGAUAAAAAGCGCCGCCGGCUGCCAUGAAGUCAUAUAACUGCCUUAUGCCAAAUAGAGAAAAAAAUCUAUCGCGUCCGGCCUUCGCAAACUGCCAAUAACAUCACGCUCGCCGACGCGAUUUACGCGAUUUAAAAUAUGAUAAUAUGAUAAUUAUAAUAAUUAAAUUAACGUUGUAUAUCGCUACUGUAACUAUUAUCUAUGUAUCGCAUUAAAUAAAGAUCCUUUUGUAUAAGCUGA